CCAUGGAGCUUCAACGCAAAGAAUACCCAGCAUUGCUGACAUCUCUCACGCCCGCGCAAGCCGUCACCGUCCUCAAUGAUCGCGUGCACCAUGUCAGCCGGCUAAACAACCAAAUAGCAGACUGGCUACAGGAGCGGCGUCGCGUCGAGGAAGCAUACGUCCAAGGACUGCGGAAGCUUGCCAACAGGCACCCUCCCGACGAGUCUUCCGAUCUAGGUAUCUUCUCAACCCCAUGGCAGAAGAUCGUGAGCGCGACCGAGUCGGUAGCCCAAUCGCAUCACCACCUCGCAACCAAGAUUGAAGCCGACGUCGAGCGUCCCUUGCGAGAAUUCGCAGCCAACAGUCGAGAAGUACAGGCUAUGGGCAAUAUAUCAGGGAACCUGAGCGCAAUCGCAAAGGACAUUGACGUGGCGCAAAAGAAGUCUGCUAAGCUGAGAGACAAGGGCACAAAGGCCAAGGCAUCUGCUGUCUCCGACUCGGUGCAGGAUAUCGAGAAAGCGGAGUUACAGUGGGAUUCGCAGGCACCCUAUGUCUUUGAGCAACUCCAAGCUAUAGACGAGACCCGGCUGAACCAUUUGCGUGACGCGCUCACGCAGUUUCAGACGCACGAAGUUGACCAGGUAGAAAGAAGCAGAGUGACUGCCGAGGAGACCCUGAACGCGCUGUUGAACAUUGAAACGGCCGACGAAAUUCAGACUUGGGCAUUGAGAAUGCGGAGCGGGGACCUGCCACACGCUUCGCGGAAGCUGAGCAACACGGGCACUCCGACGAGAAGCCUGGCACCUCCAGUUCCGACAACUCCUAGCGCGGCAGACGACAGCAGAAGUCAGAAGAGUGGCUCUAUACCAGAGAAACAUAGCUCGAACCCUCUCAAGCGAUUUGGAACUGUGCUAGGCCGCCGAAGACAGAGUCAACAUCCUUACGGCCGUGCAUCAUCACCCGAACGAAAAUCGUCUACGAACCUAGGGUCAGCAUUUAGCGGGUUUGGAAAGGGCAAAUCGAAGGACCGCGAAGCGCUAAGCCCUCCCCCAAGUUCUUCCUCGGAGCGCCCACGGUCACCCCUCAGGCGAAUCUCAUCGACAGCUCGUGCUUCUCAGAGAUCGGAUUCCCCAACCCAUACGCGGUUUCCUAGCACAGAGGCCCCAAAUGGAACAAUUGCGGAAAGCCCGAUGGAGGCAGAUGUCUCAAGUACAAUGAACGGGACUGCGCCUGUGCAAGAUACGAUACCCGAAUUGCAGGAACCACUAUCACCUCCUACAGUCGCAGAGACGAAGCCAGAGCCUGAAAAAGACGCCGAAGGGUUUUCUGUGCCACCGUCUGCCGUAGAUGCCAUAACAGAAGCAGAACGAGAAGCAGGAUUCACCCCGAGCGAGAGCAAUUCCACACCACAGUUCAAGCUUGACAUUAGAAAUGCCCCUAUUCAGGAAGAAGGGGAGGAUGCGGACGCGGCCACGGCUAACCUGGUCAACACGUUACGCGCGCAAGCUGCACAGCCGAAGAGGUCAAGCACACUGCGCGGUCGCCGUGAUGUUCGCAACACAAUUUUUGUACCCAAUCCUGCUACACCUGACUUGCAAAAUUUGCAGAGUAUAGGCGAGGUGCCCCCUCCACUCCCAUCAGCUGGGUCUGGUCCAACUUCUGCGCCUAGCUCUGCCACGUUCCCCGUGCCCGCGCUUCCCCCACAGCCCAUAUCGCCAGCUUUCAAGCCUCCGCACCGGUCGCUGCUUUCCGAAGACCAUGCCGCGUCCGACACUCAGUCCAUACGAUCGGGCCGAUCACUAAGUAGCUCUGCUAGUGCGACCGUUAGGCAUCCGGACCUGCAUGGACCGGGUCUAAACGCCUCACUGGUCGAGACUGUCAGUGCAUGGUUCGAGCAAGGCAUCGUCACCAAAGCUAUGGUAAUCGGACAGGUGGCGCUUGCGUAUAAUCCCGUCGAUAUCUCUGCCGGUCCAUUCGGCACAGAAAGCAUUCGCUUGGAGAACUUCCCUGUUCUUGAGAAGGUAGCACCGAAUCCCGCCUUCAUCGAACAGUCCCCAGAUAGCCCCGGAAACUACACUGUAGAUCUCGCGAAAAUCACGAAGACGUCGGUGGCAUUCCAUUAUCAACUGCAUAUUGAAGAUAAUGGCAUUGCUUCACUCGCGCCAAUCAUCUUGUCACCCGUGUGGAAGUCGGAGUCUACGCAGACAUCUGCUAUCCUCCACUAUUCUCUCAACCCCGAUUUCAAUAUAGGCGGCGCCACGAGCAUAACCGUUCGCAACCUCGUCCUUGUCAUGCGUCUCGAACCCGGCUCCAAGGCCACGGCAUGUCAGUCGAAACCGUCAGGCACCUUCUCUCGGGAUAAAGGGCUCAUUUACUGGCGCCUGGGCGACGUGACCUUUUUCAAGGACCAAGUUGCGCAAACCAUCCGCGUUCGAUUCUUCACAGAGGGCGAGGCGAAGCCUGGAAACACAGAGGCACGAUGGGAGAUUAGCGAUGAGCAAUCGCUGAGCUUGGGCAGCGGUUUGGGUGUCAGUAUGAGUGCUCCUCUCAACGAGGCCAAGCAAGACGGCGAGGCUGAUCCUUUUGCGGAUGCCGAUGAGAACGCGCCUCCCGCGAGCCCAGCUAUUGGGUGGAAACCGGUGGCCAGCAUCAAGAAGAUCAUCAGUGGGACGUAUAUGGGCGUGUGAGGUAGCACCAGAGGAUACCUUUGUGUGGAAGUGCGGAUCUAGAAAGAAAGGGAAUGUUGACCAUUUUGAUGUUUCUUACCUAGACGGGCUGAUGCUAGCCUGUGCUUCUUGUAGAUAGUUUUGCGAGCUCGUCUCGAGUAGGGUAGAACAAUGCCAAUAAUAGAAAUUGAAAUAAGCUCGAGU